AUGGAGGUGAAGGCUGCAGACCUGCAUCUCUGUGACCACAGCCAGGAGACCUAUGAGCUCAACUCCCUGAGAACCACAGCCUUCUGCUUCAAGAGCAUCAAGUCACGCAUCCAGAGAGAGGAGGAGAGAGUGCGCCUGCAGCAGCGGAAGGAGAAGAGAGAGAAGCAACCUCCUGAAGACUUGGACCAGGAGGAGCUGCACCAGGAGGAGCUGCACCAGGAGGAGCUGCCCCAGAGCCACCUACCAAGUCCCCCCAGCCCUCUCUGCUGCGGCUUCCACUCACACCCAGGACAAUUCUGGCUCUCCAUGGGCGGGUAUGACGCAGGGUUCCUGUACCACUGCAAGUUCUCAGAAGAUCAGGACCAAGAUCCAGCUCAGCGUCAGGAUGAACCCUUUCAAGCUCUGGCUCUUCACAACGCAGAGAGAGACCCUGUGGUGUCCGUCACCUUCAGCUCUGAUCGGCGCCUCCUGCUGUUUGGGAUGACUUCAGGAUCCCUCAGAGUCUACCCUCUGAGUCCAGGAGACCUGAGUCUGGACUCCAUGCAGCACUACUGGGCCCUGAGUCUCCAUGACAACAGCUGUGGCCCCCUGCGGCUCCUGCGCCUCAGCCAUGACCAGCGCUUUGUAUUGACGGCCGGAGACGACGGAAACAUCUUCAGCUUCAGACUCUUGAGUCCAGACCAGAGGGACAAUAGGGAUCACAGGGACCAGCCCAGGACCUAUGCCAAAGUGCCCUCCCCCCGGGCCGGGCUGCAGCAGGAGGAGGUGGCCCAGGACAUCGAGGACCCCUCUGUUCUCAGUAUGGAGAUGGCGAGGCAGCGUGUGGAGAGCGACCGUGUGCAACGUGCGGCGGAGCAGAGAAAGGAGCAGACGAGUCGAAAACUGAUUGAUCUUCAGGAGAUCAACAGACAGAUCCUGUUAGAGAACCAGGCUCUGGCCCCACAUGUCCGCUUGCGACCGGAGGAGCUGAAUGUGGACCAGCGUCUGGAGGCGCACAAAGAACAGCAGCAGCAGCAGCAGCAGCAGCAGCAGCAGCAGAUGGAGCAGCAGCAGCAGCAGCAGCAGCAGCAGCAGAUGGAGCAGCAGCAGCAGCAGCAGCAGCAGCAGCAGCAGCAGCAGCAGAUGGAGCAGCAGCAGCAGCAGCAGCAGCAGCAGCAGAUGGAGCAGGAACUGUCCUGGGACCUGGAGUGCAGCCAGCUCGCCCUGGAGAAGAUGCACUCUCUGUAUUUGGAUUAUUCUCAUAUUUUUAAAGAUGUAGUGUGCUCCCUCUCUGGUCUCUCCCUGUUGUACCAUACCAUCAUUGCCUGGUUGUACCAUACCAUCAUUGCCUGGUUGUACCAUACCAUCAUAGCCUGGUCGUACCAUACCAUCAUAGCCUGGUCGUACCAUACCAUCAUAGCCUGGUCGUACCAUACCAUCAUAGUCUGGUCGUACCAUACCAUCAUAGCCUGGUCGUACCAUACCAUCAUAGUCUGGUCGUACCAUACCAUCAUAGCCUGGUCGUACCAUACCAUCAUAGCCUGGUCGUACCAUACCAUCAUAGCCUGGUCGUACCAUACCAUCAUAGCCUGGUUGUACCAUACCAUCAUAGCCUGGUCGUACCAUACCAUCAUAGUCUGGUCGUACCAUACCAUCAUAGCCUGGUUGUACCAUACCAUCAUAGCCUGGUUGUACCAUACCAUCAUAGCCUGGUUGUACCAUACCAUCAUAGCCUGGUCGUACCAUACCAUCAUAGCCUGGUCGUACCAUACCAUCAUAGUCUGGUCGUACCAUACCAUCAUAGCCUGGUCGUACCAUACCAUUAUAGCCUGGUCGUACCAUACCAUCAUAGCCUGGUUGUACCAUACCAUCAUAGCCUGGUCGUACCAUACCAUCAUAGCCUGGUCGUACCAUACCAUCAUAGCCUGGUCGUACCAUACCAUCAUAGACUGGUCGUACCAUACCAUCAUAGCCUGGUCGUACCAUACCAUCAUAGUCUGGUCGUACCAUACCAUCAUAGCCUGGUCGUACCAUACCAUCAUAGCCUGGUCGUACCAUACCAUCAUAGCCUGGUUGUACCAUACCAUCAUAGCCUGGUCGUACCAUACCAUCAUAGCCUGGUCGUACCAUACCAUCAUAGCCUGGUUGUACCAUACCAUCAUAGCCUGGUCGUACCAUACCAUCAUAGCCUGGUCGUACCAUACCAUCAUAGCCUGGUUGUACCAUACCAUCAUAGCCUGGUCGUACCAUACCAUCAUAGCCUGGUUGUACCAUACCAUCAUAGCCUGGUUGUACCAUACCAUCAUAGCCUGGUUGUACCAUACCAUCAUAGCCUGGUCGUACCAUACCAUCAUAGCCUGGUCGUACCAUACCAUCAUAGCCUGGUUGUACCACACCAUCAUAGCCUGGUUGUACCAUACCAUCAUAGCCUGGUCGUACCAUACCAUCAUAGCCUGGUUGUACCAUACCAUCAUAGCCUGGUUGUACCAUACCAUCAUAGCCUGGUUGUACCAUACCAUCAUAGCCGGGUUGUACCAUACCAUCAUAGCCUGGUCGUACCAUACCAUCAUAGCCUGGUGGUACCAUACCAUCAUAGCCUGGUCGUACCAUACCAUCAUAGCCUGGUCGUACCAUACCAUCAUAGUCUGGUCGUACCAUACCAUCAUAGCCUGGUCGUACCAUACCAUUAUAGCCUGGUCGUACCAUACCAUCAUAGCCUGGUUGUACCAUACCAUCAUAGCCUGGUCGUACCAUACCAUCAUAGCCUGGUCGUACCAUACCAUCAUAGCCUGGUCGUACCAUACCAUCAUAGCCUGGUCGUACCAUACCAUCAUAGCCUGGUCGUACCAUACCAUCAUAGUCUGGUCGUACCAUACCAUCAUAGCCUGGUCGUACCAUACCAUCAUAGCCUGGUCGUACCAUACCAUCAUAGCCUGGUUGUACCAUACCAUCAUAGCCUGGUUGUACCAUACCAUCAUAGCCUGGUCGUACCAUACCAUCAUAGCCUGGUUGUACCAUACCAUCAUAGCCUGGUCGUACCAUACCAUCAUAGCCUGGUCGUACCAUACCAUCAUAGCCUGGUUGUACCAUACCAUCAUAGCCUGGUCGUACCAUACCAUCAUAGCCUGGUUGUACCAUACCAUCAUAGCCUGGUUGUACCAUACCAUCAUAGCCUGGUUGUACCAUACCAUCAUAGCCUGGUCGUACCAUACCAUCAUAGCCUGGUCGUACCAUACCAUCAUAGCCUGGUUGUACCACACCAUCAUAGCCUGGUUGUACCAUACCAUCAUAGCCUGGUCGUACCAUACCAUCAUAGCCUGGUUGUACCAUACCAUCAUAGCCUGGUUGUACCAUACCAUCAUAGCCUGGUUGUACCAUACCAUCAUAGCCGGGUUGUACCAUACCAUCAUAGCCUGGUCGUACCAUACCAUCAUAGCCUGGUCGUACCAUACCAUCAUAGCCUGGUCGUACCAUACCAUCAUAGCCUGGUCGUACCAUACCAUCAUAGCCUGGUCGUGGGAGGGGUAA